UCUGGCUAAGGAACUGACUGCGUUGUUUAUAGAUGCCUUGGAACUAGAGAGUGUUCCAACAUCAUGGAAUGAGUCGAUAGUUGUCUCUGUCUUUAAGAGGUUCACGUCGUUCCUGUAACAACUAUCGUGGGAAAAAUCUACUUCCGAUUGCGUCCAAGCUAUUGGCUUCCGUCAUACUUCAUAGGUUGUUCAAAACCGGAGAAAGAUUGACUCGCGAGUAGCAGGCUGGGUUUCGUUCCGGUCGAGGAUGAAUUGAUCAUAUCUUCACCCUCCGCCAAAUGUUAGAACACCGUCAUUCUUAUCAAAGGCCAACAAUCGUAGUGUUUCUUGACAUCAGGGCUGCCUUCGAUUCGUUGGACAGGACUGUUCUCUGGGAUCGUCUAUUGAAGAUGAGUGUGCCUGAGAAUUUCAUUAACAUCCUAAAUGCCCUAUAUACAAACACCUCAGGUAGAGUGAGGGCAUACAACCACCUCUCUCCAUUGUUCCAUUCGAGCAAUGGGGUUAGACAGGGUUGCCCAACCUCACCAUUCCUCUUCAACUUUGCCAUCGAUGACAUUCUGGAAACAGCUCUGAUGGAUGUAAGUAAUGGUGGUGUGGAUCUGUUGCCUGGAGAAAGACUUCUCGACCUUGAGUAUGCGUAUGAUAUUGUCUUACUGUGUGAUAAUGCCCAAGGCAUGCAAUCCGCGCUUAACCAGUUGGCAAUCAGUGUCCGUAGGUACUGUAUGUUCUUUACACCUUCGAAGUGCAAAGUACUUCUACAAGACUGGCAGGAUUCUAAUCCUUUACUCACCCUGGAUGGUGAGCAGAUAGAAGUAGUCAAGAAGUUCGUGUAUCUAGGUAGCUGCAUAAAUGCUGGUGGUGGCGUUAGUGAUGAGAUCAAUGCACGUAUAGUGAAAGCCAGAGCGGCUUAUGCCAAUCUGGGCCAUCUUUGGCGCCUUCGUAAUGUUAGUCUGGCUGUAAAAGGUCGAAUCUACAAGGCGUCGAUGAGAGCAGUUUUGCUCUGUGCUUGUGAAACCUGGCCUCUCCGAGUUGAGGAUGUUAGACGACUUUCUGUGUUCGAUCAUCGCUGUCUCCGAAGGAUUGCUGACAUCCAGUGGCAACACCAUGUUGGUAAUGCAGAGGUUCGGCAUCGUGUGUUCGGGCAGAGACGAUAAUGCAAUUGGUGUCACCAUCUUGAAACACCGACUUCAGUGGCUUGGACAUGUUCUACGAAUAUCGUCCCAGACAAUUCGUGCAUUAUUUGCCG